AUGAGCGUUCAGAGGUCACCAACUGGAGGGUCGCAACCAGAUAUAUCUAAAAUGAGCGAUUUAGUGUCGGAUUCAUCAAUUACAUUUCGGAAACGAAAAUUGCCUUUUGGUGUCGAAUGUGCAUGCUCUGAAGAAUUAGGGGGAAUGAGAUCUGAACUAAGUCGUAUCAGUUCUCUAUUAGAAAAAUACAUCGUGUCUAAUGAGCUGAUUUUAAAAACCAUGCAAGAAAAUAUUACUGAUAUAAAAAACCAAAUUGCUGAUAUUAAAUUGACGAACGAGCGAUCUCAUAGCGCAAUGCAAGUAAAAAUGGAAUCACUUGAAUCAGACUUAAACAAACUCAAAAUUUCCUCAAAAUCUGCACCAAUAACGCUGGAAAACGAGUUGAUACUCGGCGAACAAAUUAUACAGGAGAUUCAGCAACGCAAAAAUAGAGAAAAAAAUAUCGUGCUUGUCGGCUUACCUGAACAAAUUGCGUCUACUCCUGAAGACAGAUUGUCAAAAGACGAAGCUGAGGUAUUCAAAACUAUAUCCUCGAGAGAACCAGAACUGGGAGCCCCCGCCCCGAUCCACCUUGAUAAGUUUACUUUAGCAUCCACAUACGCUGAUUUUACUACAUCAUUCCAGCCCGGCGUGCCUUUACGUUUACGUGAUGUCACUCCAUACCCUACUUGA